AUGGGUAGCAUAUCCCCUCCGCGGAAGGGAGAAGACCCCAUCGCUGUUAUCGGAAGUGCCUGCCGUUUCCCCAGUUCUUUGAACUCUCCUUCGAAGUUUUGGGAUUUUCUUUGCAAGCCCCAUGACCUCCUCACCGACAUCCCCAAGGAUCGAUUCAAUGCGAAUGGAUUCUAUCACCCCAAUGGAUUGCACCAUGGAACCUCAAACGUCAAGCAAUCGUACUUUCUACAGGAGGACUUCCGUGCUUUCGAUGCAGGCUUUUUCAAUAUCAAGCCGGUUGAAGCUCAUUCGAUUGAUCCGCAGCAGCGCCUGCUAUUGGAGACAGUGUAUGAGUCUCUGGAAGCGGCCGGGCUAUCAGUUGAAGGGCUUUUCGGCUCCCAAACUGGUGUUUACGUUGGUUUGAUGUGUGAAGACUAUAUCGACCAUCUCCAACGUGACAUCAAUGCAGCACCUACUUACUUGCCAACGGGCACAGCGCGGAGCAUCAUCUCAAAUCGUAUCUCCUACUUUUUCAACUGGCAUGGGCCAUGCAUGACGAUUGAUACCGCCUGCUCUUCUAGUUUGGUAGCUGUGCACCAAGCCGUUCAACUUCUACGCAGUGGAGAGUCGGACCUUGCUGUUGCUGCGGGUGCGAAUCUCAUCAUUUGCCCGGAGCUUUAUAUCGGCGAGUCUAAACUUAAAAUGCUUUCGCCAAGUAGCCGAUCUCGAAUGUGGGAUAUCGAUGCCGAUGGUUAUGCUCGCGGGGACGGCGUUGCAGCUGUCAUUUUGAAAAAACUUAGCCGGGCGAUAGAGGACGGUGACCAUAUCGAAUGCAUUAUUCGCGAAUCGGGUGUGAAUCAGGAUGGCCGAACAAAGGGGAUCACAAUGCCGAAUGAACUUGCGCAAAUGGACUUGAUUGCUCGAACCUAUGCUAAAGCUGGGCUAGAUCCCCAUAACAAAGAAGAGCGCUGUCAAUAUUUUGAAGCCCAUGGUACAGGAACUACAGCGGGCGAUGCUCGUGAAGCGGAAGCUAUUAGUAAAGCCUUUUUUGGGCCGGAGGGCAAAAGCUCCGAUCACGAUGAACUGCUGUACGUCGGCUCCGUAAAAACAGUCAUUGGCCACACUGAGGGCACUGCAGGUAUUGCUGGCCUCCUAAAAGCCUCGCUUGCGGUGCAGCAUGCAGUUAUUCCGCCCAAUCUGCUAUUCAACACCCUUAGCCCGGCAGUUGAGCCAUUUUACCAUAACCUCGAGAUAGCUACGGUUGCUAAGCCUUGGCCGAAGGUCACCGGCCCUCGCAGAGCCAGCGUCAACAGUUUUGGUUUUGGUGGUACUAAUGCCCAUGUUAUUGUGGAGAAUUUUGACCAUCUAGCCAGAGCUGGCCAGGAUACUUUCUCAUUUACACCGUUUGUCUUCUCUGCUACCACCGAUCAGAGUUUACGGCGAAUGCUGAUGGCUUAUUCCGCGCAUCUAAAGGCUAAUCCUAGUUUGAACAUCCGCGAUCUGUCGUAUACCCUCCACUCUAGGAGGUCAGAAUUUGCUGUGAGGACUGCCUUCGCAGCGGCAACCGUUAGUGAUCUCGCUUUCAAGAUAGACGCACACCUUGAGACCAUAACACGUAGCUCCGACCAAGGAACAGGAGCUGGUAUUCGACCAAUGAACGCUUCACCCCGAAUACUUGGAAUAUUUACCGGCCAAGGCGCCCAGUGGGCGACGAUGGGGUGUCGAUUAAUAACACAAUCUCAAUACGCGAGAAAUUUCAUAGAAGGCCUUGAUAGAGUUCUUCAAGCCCUACCCGAAUCUGACCGUCCACAUUGGUACAUUAUAGACGAGUUAUUAGCUGAUAACCCAAAAUCCCGCCUUGGAGAAGCCUUGAUAUCGCAACCACUCUGCGUAGCUAUUCAGCUACUUCUAGUUGACUUGCUACGAAAUGCCGGAAUCAAAUUCACAGCGGUUGUCGGCCAUUCGUCAGGGGAAAUAGUCGCCGCUUACGCCGCAGGACUACUAUCUCGCAGUGCCGCCAUAAUAAUAGCGUUUUAUCGGGGCCUUUAUACAUCGCUCGCUGGGAAUGGACGGCCCGGUGCAAUGAUGGCAGUCGGAACAUCAUAUGACGAUGCGAAAGAUCUUUGCGACUCGGAUAUAUUUGAGAAUCGACUCUGCGUUGCGGCUUGUAACUCUUCAUCCAGCGUUACUUUAUCCGGAGAUGCCGAUGCCAUCCAAGAGGCUAAAAUCAUUUUCGAAGACGAAAAGAAGUUUGCUAGAGUUUUGAGAGUUGAUACAGCUUAUCACUCACAUCAUAUGUUUCCAUGUGGGGGUCCUUAUGUCGAAGCCCUGCAUAAGUCACACAUUCAGCUUGAAAUAUCAACGAAGAGGUGUUCCUGGUUUUCUAGUACCUACCAUGGCAAAAGGAUGGAAGCAUGCGAGGAUCUACGGGGAACAUAUUGGAAAGAUAACAUGGUUAACCCCGUUCUAUUUUGUCAAUCAAUUGAAGCUGCUGCCGAGAAAGAGGGCCCCUUUAACCUUGCGAUUGAAAUCGGGCCUCACCCGGCUUUGAAAGGACCCGGACUGCAAACGCUACAAGACAUAUAUGGCCAGGAAAUACCUUACGUUUGCCCUCUCAAUCGUGGCUCUGAUGAUAUUAUUGCUUUUGGGGACGCGCUUGGGUAUAUUUGGUCGCAAAUUGCCCCAUCCGUGGUUAAUUUUGAUCGGUACGACAAUAUACUUUUUGGAAACAAGCACCGGCAGUUAUUGAAAGGGCUGCCAACGUACACUUGGGAUCAUGACCGCACUUACUGGCAUGAAACUCGUAUAUCUCGGGCAUAUCGUUUACGGAAUGACGCGCCCCACCCGCUUCUGGGAGCCAGGUUACCUGAUGGUGUCAAGGAAGAAAUUCGCUGGCGAAACCUUCUGAAGGUAGGCGAGUUGCCCUGGGUCCAUGGGCAUCAACUUCAAGGUCAAAUGGUCUUUCCAGCUGCGGCUUACAUCUCUACAGCAAUUGAAGCGGCGCGGUCCCUUGUAGGUGAUAUGUCACCCAAUCUUGUCGAGAUCACAAAUUUUGUUAUCGGGCGACCAUUAACUUUUGAUGAUGACGAAUCUGGAAUCGAGACGUUGUUUACUCUCUCCAACAUUUCUGAAAAUGGUCAUGGAUUUUCUGCAUUGUUUACCUAUCAUGCAUGCACAAAUCGUGAUGCGGACACAUUAUCGAGUUUGGCUACGGGACGAAUUCUGGUGGCCAAUGGCAACUCGGGGCCGGAUUUACUACCAACUCGAGAUCCUGCGCGCUCCAAUAUGAUUCCUGUUGUUGCAGACCAGUUUUAUACCUCGCUCGACAACUUGGGAUAUGGAUAUACUGGUGAUUUUCGAUCACUAGCUUGCAUGAAACGGAAGUUAAAUUUUGGUUCCGCAAUGGUUACUGUGCCGGCACAAGAACCCCACGAGGUUCUGCUUGUGCAUCCGGCACUCCUAGACGCUGCGUUCCAGUCCAUCUUUUUAGCUUACUGUUGGCCGGAUGAUGGGAGUCUAGAACAGCUCUACGUCCCGACUCGCAUUGAAAGCAUUCGAGUCAAUAUUCCGCUAUGUACGCAGAGCAUGGCCUCUGGAAUUUCGCUGGCAGUCGAUUCCCGUAUAACAGAUAACCCAUUAACCAGUAGUGGGAUAUGUGGAGAUGUUAGUAUUUUCGCGGAUGACGCACAAUCUACCAUGAUACAAGUUGAAGGAGUGGCCGUCGUUUCCUUUUCAGAAGGGGGAGAACAGUUUGAUCGUCAAAUGCUGUCAGGGCACAUUUGGGGCCCAGCGCUUCCAGAGGUUCCACACGGUGACCGAGCAACGGAAGAAGACUAUGAACUAGCCUGGUGUCUUGAACGAGUUUCGGUAUAUUACGUACAAAAAAUAAAGGCUGAACUUAAGCCUGAGGAUUGGGAUAAUUCCGAAUGGUAUCAUCGAGCACUUCUGGAAUUUUUUGACAGCAUUCUCUCACAAGCUCUAAAAGGGACACAGCCAUAUGUCAGGAAAGAAUGGCUCGAUGAUACUUGGGAAGACAUCUCACACAUAUUGGACAGAUACCCUGACAGUAUUGAGAUGAGACUGACUUGCGCCGCCGGCCAAAAUCUAGCGUCAGCAAUCCGCGGGGAAACGAACAUUCUCCAACAUCUAAUGGCAAAUAAUUUGUUAAAUGACUAUUAUACCGACGCCUUGGGCCUCCGGGAGACCACAAAGGUCCUUAGUAAAACGGUUGCUAGUCUUGUUCACCGGUAUCCUCAUAUGGACAUACUUGAGAUAGAUAUCUCGACGGGAUUUUUCGAAGCCGCUCAACGAGUUUUCGCCGAUUAUGCCCCUGGGAUGAUUUUCAAAGCAUUUGACCUAGAAAAGAACCCUGCGGAACAGGGUUAUGUGGAGCAUUCGUAUGACUUGAUCAUUGCUUCGAACGUUCUCCAUGCUACGCGCAGUCUCGAACGUACUUUGGAAAAUACGCGCCGGCUUUUGCGACCUGGAGGUUAUCUGAUGAUGUUAGAGAUAACAAGCAAUGAUGUUAUCAGAGUUGGUUUCGCCAUGAGUGGGCUUCCGGGAUGGUGGUUGGGUCGCGACGAAGGGCGUUUGCUAUCGCCCUGUGUCUCAGUUGCCGAAUGGCAUCACCUGCUUCUAAAUACUGGGUUCUCUGGCAUAGAUUCCAUGUCCCCAGAACUAGAUGCUUUACCAUGGCCAAUGUCCGUUAUUGUGUCCCAAGCGGUUGACAUUGAAGUCAACUUCCUCCGAGAGCCUUUACUUCACUUAGGUCAGAGCCCUGGAUUGCGGAAUUGGGAUUUGAUUAUUAUCGGUGGACGAACCAUGCGGACUAUACGUUUGAUCCAGGAAGUUUGCCGGCUCCUUUCGCCCCUGGAUAUUCAGGUCACUCAAUUUCGCUCGCUGACGGAUAUUGAUUCCACUUUGAUGUCUCCUACAAGUUUCGUCCUUAGCGUGACGGAGCUUGACAAACCGAUAUUUAAAGAUCUAACCGAGGAAUCGAUGACCAGUCUUAAGUCGCUACUUGACUAUCAAAGAACAGUUUUAUGGAUUACCCAAGGCUGCAGAGCUGCAGAGCCGUACAUGAAUAUGACUGUCGGGUUUGGACGCACCUUGACCUUGGAGAUCCCUGACCUUCAGUUACAAUUUCUAGACUUUGAGGCAAACGAAAAGCCAAAUGCUUCAAUUCUAACAGAAGCCCUCCUACGACUGCAUUUCAGGCAGGUUGACCGUGUUCUGUGGUCAUUGGAACAGGAAAUAGCAUACGAAGGCGGCAAACAAAUUAUCCCACGGCUAAUUCCAAACAAGGCUCAAAAUGACCGAUAUAAUGCGUCCAAGCGGACCAUAGUGAACAGCGUGGACGUGCAAAAUACUCCAGUCUAUUUGAAUAAAAUGGGUGGCAUCUAUCAUCUAACUGAAGGAGAUUGUACCCCGAAAGGAAACGAGAUUCUUGUGAGAGUUAGCCAUUCCAUUUUAUUUCCAGUCGCGGCCACGAUCUAUGCCAUUGUUGGGACCACCGCUUCAACCGGUCAGACGGUCGUAUCUUUUCCGAAUGUGAACGGUUCGCACAUCCUCGUGGGCCCUAACGAUUUUAUCGAUUGCCCCGGCGUGAAAGGAAAGGAAGGUCGAUUCCUGUCUUUGCUAGAUACUGAAAUUCGAGUGGAUGACAUGCUCUCUGUUUGCGCAUCCAAUACCAAUGUUCUCGUUUACAAUCCAAAACCCGAUAUAGCAGCCAGAUUACAAGACCGCGCUACGGAAAAACGCCUAUCAAUCUUUUUCACAACAACAGAUGCCCAAGAUACUGGUUUCCCGUGGAUUGUGAUACACCCGCAUGCUCCUCGCUGCACGGUUCAGGCAUUACUGCCACAAGGAGUUUGUACUUUUAUCAAUUGCUCGGGCCCAGCUGAUCGGACCGGGUCGUUAAUCGCUUCCUGUCUCCCUAAACUAUGCUUUCAAGCAACUUUGACCGAUGAUGGACUUAAUGUUCAAUCAAAGGGGCAGAAUUCAACAGAGCACCUUCGGCUUGCAGUAACAAGGUCCCUAUCAAUAUUGGAUACUGAUAGACAAGUUUCAAGGGCCAUCAAAGAUGUCAAUGAUGUUUUAAACCAGCCAGUAUUAACCGAAAACCUAGUUCUAAACUGGAGUAACCUCUCCAAAGUUCCAGUUAGAAUUUCUUCGAUCGAUAAACAAAUUCGCUUCUCGGCAGACAAAACAUAUGUACUCUUUGGCCUAAGCAGCGACCUUGGGCAAUCGUUAUGCAACUGGAUGGCCAGCCACGGCGCUCGGAACCUUGUUAUAACAAGCCGUAAUCCAAAAGUAGAUCCUCGAUGGAUAUUAGAGAUGGAGUCAUUGGGUGUAGCGGUACACAUCUACUCCAAUGAUAUCACCGACAAAAAGGCCCUCGAGAUGCUGGUUGCUGAGAUUAGGCGGGUUCUCCCGCCCAUUGCCGGCAUCAUGCACGGCGCUAUGGUUCUUGAAGACACCGCAUUCUUUGAUAUGUCCUUUGAAACCAUGGAUAAAGUAUUGAGGCCCAAGGUUUUGGGGAGCAUUCAUUUGGACGAGUUAUUUCAGGACAACUCUUUGGAAUUCUUCAUAUUUUUCUCCUCUCUAACUUCGGUGGCAGGAAACCGCGCUUUCCAGCGCCGCAGAAAAGGCCUUGCAGCAUCUGUUAUACACAUCGGUGCAGUUAUGGGGGUGGGAUAUGUGACGCGAGAAGUUGCCGAGUCGGUAUUCUCUACAAUCUUCAAAGCCGGGUUUCGAUGGAUGUCUGAGCGUGGCUUUCAUCAAUGUAUUGCUGAGGCCAUUCUUGCUGGAAAACCCGAGUCCCACGCCAACCCAGAGAUUGUAACUGGCCUACGAGUUAUCAACAAAAACGAAGAAGAGCCGGCUCCGUGGAUGAAUAUUCCACGAUUUCAGCACUGCAUCAAACUUGGCAAGUUAAACGAAUGGAAGACAAAAGGGAGUAGCACGAUCAUCUCGAUAAAGGUACGGCUCCGUGAAUGUGUAUCACAAGAAGAAGCACUUCAUAUAAUAAAAGAUGCUUUUUUCGAGAAGCUGCAAGCCGCCCUCCAGCUUCAGUUAGAAGACUCUGCAGCCAAAGACCAAGUGCUAAGUCAAAGUGCAGACGAGCUUGGAAUCGAUUCCCUCGUUGCGGUUGAGAUAAGGUCCUGGUUUCUAAAAGAGCUGGAAGUUGAUAUGCCCGUACUUAAGAUCCUUGGAGGAGCUACCAUUGCUGACCUCUUUACCUUUACGCUGGACAAACUGCCUGCAGAGCUGGCACCACAUAGAGGCACACCCACAGACAUAUCCGCUUCUAGCGACAGUGUCCUGACAGAUAAUCCAACCCAGACCCCUCAGUUGAUCUCCCAUUCUCCAGGAUCAGUCACAUCUCCACCCCCAGAGCCCGGCCCAAAAGUACCACCGAAUAUAGCAGCACGUAUUCCCGAAUAUCCCAACUCUAUCGCGAAAAAUGACCUGCAGAAACAACUUCCCAUGUCGUUUGGCCAGUCGAGGUUCUGGUUUCUGAGGCACUAUCUUGAAGAUCAAACCACCUUUAACGUGACAUUUUCCAUUCAAUUGCGCGGCUAUCUUCUAGUUAACGAUUUGGAAAGGGCUGUGAAAUUAAUAGGCGAAAGACACGAGGCUCUGCGAACACGCUUCUAUGUCGGAGACGAUGGAGUUCCCAUGCAAGGUAUCCUGAAAGUGUCUACUCUCCGCUUGGAAAAAAGAUCGAUACAGGAUGCAGCGCAAGUGGCCAAAGAAUUUGAAUCCAUGAGGAACCAUGUCUUUGACAUAGGAAACGGAGAAAUUAUGAGGGUUCUUCUCCUUAGCUCAGCGCCCACCGUCAACUAUAUCAUUAUUAGCUACCAUCAUAUUAACAUGGAUGGUGCUAGCCUGGAAGUCUUUCUCUCUGAACUUGAACUGGCAUAUACUCGCAAACCGCUUGUUCAACCAGUCUUUCAAUAUUCAGAAUUCUCUAAGCAGCAACGGCUAGAGUAUGAAACGGGUCAAAUGAACACCGAACUUGAAUACUGGAAAUCAGAGCUCGCGGGUAAGGUGCCAGUUCUUCCCCUGUUGUCGUUUUCAUCUACCAGGCAUCGAUCUCCCAUUGCAGUAUACGAACAUCAUCGAGAGGAUUGCCGAAUAGGCACCGAAUUAACAUCUCAGAUAAGAAAUAUGUGUCGAAAAAAUAAAGUGAACGUGUUUCACUUCUAUCUCGCAGUAUAUCAAGUGCUAUUGUUUAGAUUUUCCGAAGAGAGCGACCUCUGCAUUGGAAUGGCAGAUGCCAACCGUAACGAGACGAAGCUAGCACGGAGCAUAGGAAUGUACUUGAACCUACUUCCACUAUGUUUCCGCCUUGGUCGCGAUAAGGUCUUUACGGAUGUCCUUAAGGAAACUCGUCGAAAGGUAUACUCUGGCAUCGCUCACUCCCGAGUACCAUUCGACUUGCUGCUCGAAGAAUUGAAGACUCCCAGAUCUACCGAGUUCAGUCCUUUAUUCCAGGCGUUUAUUAACUAUCGACAGGGUGUCAAAGAGCAUAGAUACCUCGGAGAUUUGGAAGGCCAUGGUGAAGAAUAUGCCUUCGGGCGUACCGCAUAUGAUAUAACGUUGGAUAUCUUUGACAAUCCCGGGGAGAGCCCCCUGAUUAUGUUCAUUGUGCAAAAGCAAUUGUACUCAUCCAGCGAUGCUAAGAUUCUGGCCAAAGCUUAUUGCAGUCUUUUGGAUUAUUUCUCCCAAACUCCAACCGCAGCCGUGGAAAACGCGGCUCUAUUUACAGCAGAAGACAUCGCCAAAGGCUUCACGGUUGGCCAAGCUGCUAUAAUCAACACUGGGGUAACCCGAAAAUCGCGGUUGGCCGUCUUUCAGGCACCGACAACCGAUUGGGUGUGUUCGUUGCUCGCCAUUUGGAGAAUCGGCAGCGUUUAUGUUCCACUAGAUCCGAAUAUACCUUCGUCUCGCUUGAACGUCAUGCUCUCGGAUUGCCGGCCAUCCGCCGUUCUGGUACAUAACGAAACCUCUACGAUUAUAGGCGAAUUAGGCCUCACGGACGGCACACUUGUUGUCAACAUAUCCACCAUCUCUCAACAAUCUGAUAAAGAAACAGUAGAGGUUAUUGCUCAUGCAGAUGAUGCAGCGGUGAUUUUUUACACCAGUGGAACCACUGGAACUCCUAAGGGAGUCAUUUUAUCACACACUGGAUUGCGGAGUCGGAUGGAAUUUGCCGCAGUUUCCGCCCCGGGGGUUGUCCUUCAACAAAGCGCUCUAAGCUUUGACUUGUCCAUCUAUCAGGCAUUGCUUGCUCUGUCUCAUGCUGGGACCUUGGUUGUUGCGCCAAAAUCAAUCCGAGGCGAUCCGUUCGCCAUUUGCCAACUGCUACGCAGGGAAAAUGUUACAUAUACCAGCGCUACUCCCUCCGAGUACCUGAGCUGGAUUAACUAUGGUCGGUCUGAAUUGGUCAACGGAACGUCGUGGCGAUAUGCUAUGUCGUGCGGCGAGCAGUAUCCCCAGAAGCUGGUCAACGCAUUCCGAAGCAUUAACCUGCCAAACUUACGCUUACUGAACGCAUAUGGCCCGACAGAAAUAACAUUUGAGUCCAGCAACUUUGAAGUACCUGCGGUGGACGCACUGGAGAGCCAUCCAGUGCCGGUCGGGUAUACCUUGGCGAAUAGCUCGAUUGUUAUUUUAGAUGAAAAUUCGACACCGGUUCCGGUUGGAAUGCCAGGGGAAGUAUGUAUUAGUGGUGCCAGUUUGGCUCUGGGCUACCUCAAUGACGAAGCGCUCACCAGCAAAAAGUUCGUCUCCAACCCGCUCCCUUCAAGCGAGUUUUCGUCCCGUGGUUGGACCAAGAUGUAUCGAACAGGAGAUAAGGGAAGAUUCGCGGAAAACGGGGCCCUCGAGAUCCUUGGUCGCAUCGACGGCGACACCCAAAUCAAACUCAGGGGCAUUCGUAUCGAGCUGCAAGAUAUCGAAAACACUAUUCUCAGUUCGGCUGAGGGACAAUUGAGUGAAGUCGUUGUCACGAACCGUGGAGAUCCCACAGUGCUGGUAGCCCAUGCUGUACUCUCACCGACCGCGGGUAUCGAGGAUCAGCGCAAAUUUCUUCAAAACCUCUCGUCGUCCCUCCCUCUUCCUCAAUAUAUGAAGCCCGCCAUUAUCGCUCCUAUCGAUCGUAUACCUCUAAAUCUGCAUGGAAAGGUAGACAGGCGUGCUCUACAAAACAUUCCCCUGUCCAAUUUAAGUUGCCCAUCAGAUGAUAUUGCGGAACUAAGUGAGAUGGAAUCAGACGUUCUUCGGAUUUGGCAGGAAGUUCUCUCGGAGGACCUGUUCAAGAUGUCGCACAUUGAUAGAAAUUCAGACUUCUUCAAUAUAGGCGGAAACUCCAUGCUAUUGAUAAAAGUACAGGACCGCAUUCGCCGUCGCUUUGAUAUCAGCUUGCCAUUGAUUCGCCUCUUCGAAAAUAGCACCCUUGGUGCCAUGGCGGUAGCAAUUCAAAACUUGCCUGACGCAAAGGAUUUGGCCGUUGAUUGGGAUGCGGAAACCUCAAUUCCAGAAGGCUGGGAACAUGCGCCUUCGGGAGCCAUCACCAAUAGCCGCCCUCGUGUACUGGUUCUCACCGGCGCAACGGGAUUCCUAGGCAAAGAGAUCCUAGAGGAACUGCUUGUAUCGACUUCCGCGGAGACAAUUCACUGCAUUGCCGUGCGUACGGAUAGUAAACUUGACGAAUUCCGUUCAUCAGGCAGAGUGGUUAUUCACAAUGGAAACUUGAAUCAACCGCUCCUCGGCCUUUCCCAUGACAAUGCCAAUUCAAUCUUCAACGAGGCGGAUGCCAUCAUUCAUAACGGUGCUGACGUUUCAUUCCUCAAGACGUAUCGGUCUCUGAGAAUCUCGAAUGUCGAAUCUACUAAAGAACUCGUUAAGCUUGCUCUCAGUCGCCGCAUUCCGUUCCACUAUAUUUCCACGACAACGGUUGGUAGACUUGCAACGACAGAGAUAUUCGAAGAGGUUUCGCUGGCAUCAUUCCCACCACCUCCACAGUUCAACGAUGGCUAUCUGUCCUCAAAAUGGGCCAGUGAAGUUUUCCUUGAGAAGGUAAACGCCAAAUUCGGUUUGCCGGUGUGGAUUCAUCGACCGUCCAGCAUACUUGGUGAUGAUUCCGGUGAUCUUGACAUAAUGAAUAACGUGCUUAAAUACUCUUUACUUUCAAAGUCCUUUCCUCAAUCCAAGCUCUGGAAAGGCUACGUCGAUUUCGUUACUGCCGCGAAUGCUUCUAGUGCCAUUGUGAAGGAAAUUUUCAGGGUUCGAGCGGCGGAAGGCACUAUUACAUCUUCGUCCGUCAGGUACCUCCAUCACUCUGGGGACCUGGAGAUGCCGAUGGAUUCGAUGGAUGCAUUUAUGCAAGAAGAGGACGGCACCGGUCCUGCCUUCUCACAGCUACCUUUACGUGAGUGGGUACAGCUGGCAAAAGAGCAUGGUAUGAGUAGCCUAGUCGCUACAUACUUAAACGCCAUUGAGGAAUCCGGAGAGGAGAUGUUUUUCCCGAAACUAGUGAAAUCGUCAAGGAUAUAA